CUGGACACGGGUCAGCACCUCCUGUUUGUUCUGUAUAAACUCAUCUGCGUUCAUUAUUGCUUCAGUCAAGAUUUGAGCGUGAACAUUCCCAUGUGGGUUGUAGAGAGGCUGCGUGAGUCCAUGGACAGAAGCGUCCAGCCCGUGCCUCCAGCGGAUUUCAAACUCAAACUCGGCGAGAUCAUGUUCGGCGAAAAAGUCCCCAAACCCAAGCGCAUUUCCUGCCCCAACGUCAUCACCCCGGACAACAUUCCCGAAUUCUGCAUCCCUCCCACCAUUCCGUCCACCCACCACCACCUCGACACGGGCCGCAUCCAGCGAACUGUCCAACCUGCUCUGCCGAAAACUGACGUGGAACCUGCCCACCGCGAAACAUACAAUCCGCAUAUAAUACAAGUGGAAAGCGUUGACGAAAACCCGGCGGACGCUUGCAGUGACGAGGAAACUACAAACGCCGAUCCCCAAAGCCAAGCUGCUCUGUCUCUCCCACAUUUAGCCAAAACGCAAACGUGCUACGGCUUUUGCACGCUACUGGAAAGCCCUCACACUCGUCGGAAAGAAUCCAUUUUCCACAGCGACUCCACCUCCCCGUUACUGCUCCCCCGAAGUCGCUCUAGCAUUUGCACUAAACUAUCUCCAACCUCUUCCCCGUGCCCCUCUCCAUCCUCCUUCAGCCUAAACCACUUGUCUUCCAGGCUGUCCCCACGAUCUUUUACCUGGCAACCCGCAGUGGACAGUGACACAACAUCCUCAACAGAAUCUUCGCCAUUUAGCUCGCCUCUUUUGAACCGAUAUCCAAAGUCUUCGCUUAUCAAAGCUUUAAGCCACGAAUUGCUUCUGUCUCGGAAUAUCAGGAAGGCGAUGGUGUCAAGGAACAACUCCUUGUCCACAGAUGAAGGCAGCUCGACGGACAACAGCCCCAACGUGAUGAGGCGGGGGUCAGAGGCGCUAUCCGAACUGCCUGGUAACUGCAGCCUGGCGCCCCCUGUGGUUUUCCCUUUAGAUUUGAACCUGCACCGUGAGAGGCUGAUGAAGGAAAGAAUGGUGCCUAUAGGAAAAGAUGGGAGCUUACGAUUAUUCGCAGAGUAUUGUCCUGAAAACCUAAGACUUCGAGUCCGUCUCAUCAGCGCCGAAGGCCUGUACCCGCCGUCUGUAGACCCUAAGAUAAUAAACUGUAGCGUGAGCCUGAGUUUGGUUCCAGGUAAAGUCCAGAAGCAGAGGAGCACGGUCAUCAGGAAGAGUCGGAACCCCAUCUUCAACGAGGACUUCUUCUUCGAUGGCGUCACGGAGGAGGACUUAGAGCAGAGGUCACUGCGUUUCAAAGUGGUCAACAAAAUGUCCACUUUAAAAAGAGACUAUCUGCUGGGGGACUGCGACCUGCUUCUGUCCAGCAUCGUCACAUUAUAAAACAACUUCCU